CUCCUCAGAAGUACUGAGGAACUUCUCAGGGAGCUCUUCUUCUUCUUCUUCUUCUUCUUCCUCUUCAGCCCCGAUGGAUCUGUCCGACCUUUCCUUCCCUCUCUCCUCGGCCGAUGACUUCUACGACGACCCCUGCUUCAGCACCACCAACAUGAACUUUUUUGACGACCUGGACUCCCGGCUGCUGCACGCCGGCCUGCUGAAACCAGAGGACAAUCUUCAUCAUCACCACCACCACCACGUCCCCGUCGCAGAGGAGGAGGAGGACGAGGAGGAGGAGGACGAGCACGUGAGGGCCCCGGGGGGCCUCCACCAGACGGGGCGCUGCCUGCUUUGGGCGUGCAAGGCCUGCAAGAGGAAGACGUCUCGCGAGGACCGGAGGAAAGCGGCCACGACGCGGGAGAGGCGGCGGCUCGGGAAGGUCAACGACGCCUUCGAGACCCUGAAGCGCUGCACGGCGGCCAAUCCCAACCAGCGGCUGCCCAAAGUGGAGAUCCUACGCAACGCCAUCAGCUACAUCGAGUCCCUGCAGACGCUGCUGAGGGGCGGCCGGGGCGACGGCUUCUACCCGCAGCUGGAGCACUACAGCGGGGACUCGGACGCCUGCAGCCCCCGAUCCAACUGCUCCGACGGCCCGGUGAGUCCCACCGACAGCUGA